AUGCCAGGGUUACCUACAACUAUAGUACCGUAUAUUGCAGAAACUAGUAUUGAAAUACAAUUUGCUAAUGCCUUAAAAGAUUACCAAUUAAACACAUUGAAUGUACAGUCAGAUUUAAAGCCACAACCAUUUGAUUUUAUAAAUAAAUUUAAACAAAUUGCUGCAUCGCAGGCAUUACAAUUUGGUACAGAGUUAUAUGAAAGUGAAAAUGAAAAUGAUAUUGAAUUAAAAGAAAAUUUUGAAAAUUGGGAUUUAGAGACCAAAUUAUGGCAUUUAGUUGAACAAUUAUACUCAUUUAGACUUUUAAAUUAUUCACAAGAAGAGCCGGAUAUAAUAAAUGAUAAACAAAUUUUAGUAAUUAAAGAGUUAUUAAUUAUAAUAAAUUGGAUUCAAUCUAAUUCAAAGCUGGAAAGCUAUGAUGAUUCUUUUGAAAAAAUUCAACAAUCAAGUAAAUGGUCAAAUACGAAAGUUUCAAUUAAUCAACAAGAUUAUAAUGCUUUGAUCAAUAAAUCUAAUACUCAACUAAUAGAUAAUUUAGAUAUUGAUGCUCCUUUAAGAACUAAAAAAUCGAUAGAUGCAAAAGAUAAUGAAAUUGAUAUCAUUAAUUUUGCGAGGAUUUAUAAACUAAUAUUACGUGGUAAAUUACAAGAAGCUAUUGAUUAUUCAAAUAAUACAGGAAAUUUUGCAUUAGCUUUAAUUUUAGUAGGAGCUGCUCAAAAUUAUAUGGAUCCAAGUUUGGAAAAAAAUCAUGGAAUGAAGCAUAAAUUAUUAUGGAAAGAAACAGUUUACAAAUUAUCACAACAAUCUGGUUUAAAUUAUUAUGAAAAAUUGAUUUAUAAUUAUCUUAGUGGAGGAGAUAUAUCUGAGAAUUUGAAAUUUUCAAAUGAUUCAUGGGAAGAAUCUUUAUUAUUAUAUUGUACACAACUUUUAUCAUAUAAAUUAGAUUUUAUAUAUAAAAAUAAUGAAUCAUUGUCAAUAUCAUUACCAAAACCGCAAGUUUCAAAUAUUGAUGAGAUUUUAAACUUAUUACAAAAUAAUGUGAGUCACGAAAGUUUACAUCCUACUAGAAUUAUAACAGGGGCUAUAUUAAUUGAUAAAGUAAAUGAAUUAUUGAAUUUUGAUUUUAAUGAACAAAUAAAUGAAAACAUACUUAGGAUAUUAGUCCAUUUAUCAAUUUUUUUAGCAAUAUUGUUUCCAUUCAAAAUAUCAUCACAUUUAACAAAUAUACUUACUUUAUAUAUAACAAAAUUAUCAGAAGAUAACAAAUCAGAAUUGAUACCAAUAUAUUUAUCAUUUAUACCGAAUGAGAAAGAUGCUAGAGAAGCUUAUUCAAUUAUACUUUCAUCAAUAACUAAUAAAGAAGAGAGAAUAAAACAUUUAGAAAUAUCCAAAAAAUUAAAUAAAUUAAUAGAUGAUAAUGAUGAUAUGAUUAUUGAAAAUAAUGAUAAAAUGAUAAAUGUAUUAAGAAGAACUGUUGAAAGAGUAAUGAAUGAAACUGAAGAGUAUUACAAACCGAAAGAGGAAAUUCGAUUACAAGACGAAUUAAAUGAAUCUAUUGAUCCAAUAGACUAUAAAUUAUCAAGAGCAGUUGAUUGGUUUUUUGAAAAUCAAAUGCAUCUGGAUUCUAUUAAAGCUAGUAUUAUAUUAAUACGAAGAUUUUUAAUUAUGGGUAAAUUAACAAGUUUAAAACAUUUUGUAUCAGACAAAAAUUUUAAUCAAUUAAUAAUAGAUUAUAAUGUAGAAGCAUUGAAUCAUGAAUUAGAUGAUCAAGUAACGGAAGAUAUGAAAUCUGAAUUAUUAGAUUAUUCUUUAUUUACUGAAGGAUUAAAAUUAAUUUAUGAUUGGAAAUCAUUUAAAAUAAAUGGAGAUUCAUAUAAUAGUUCAUCAGUUGAAAAAUCUUUAGAAAAGACUGAAAAAAAUUUGAAAAAUUUAAUAUUUACUUGGUUAAUUGAUUUAUCAAAAAAUGUUGACGAUCCAAUAUUUAAAGAAUUUAGAUCAAUGUAUAUUCCAUAUAUAAUCUUUGAAUUAAUUACAAUAUUUCAAAAUGCAAAAGAUAA